CCAAUAGAUUACUUAUAAUUAACAGGAAAAAUACACGUAUACAGGUAAAAACAACAUCGCUACAGCCCUCCCUGCAAACAUACGAAGUCCAAUCUCCGAGUUGUGCUCACGACGCACCGGAAUUGAUUUUCCAGAGAUUUUUCAAUUAUUUAUAUUGUGUAUUACCUGAAAAGAAUUUUGCUUUAAAACCCUAAUCGUUUUUUACCGGUUGGUUGUCAUCCGCUUAAUCAGUAAAAUUUCCUCGGCGCAUGCACUUGCAUCGGAAGAUUUAAUAAAAGAGUACGAGAGACUGUAAAGAUUAAAAUAUGUAUAUCAGCAGUCCUCUUGCAUAAGAUUACAGUGGAUUUAGUGGUAUGUUUUCUCCGAGUGUUGAACUCCCCCUCCUUAGAAAGGAUAGUCCAUGGGCUACUUCCCCUGCAUCUCGAUUACCACCGUCACGGUCAGAACGAAACGGAAAAUCGGAAAGAGGGUUUCCUCGGAUUGUCCUGAGGGACAGCUUGGGAAAUAAACUGGAUACUUUUACCUACUUACAAGAGGCAAUCUACAGAGCGGAGUGGAAUGUGAAAAAUUCUCACGAAGCUGUGCUUCCAGAGGAAUGGCGCCUCCCCAAAGCCCCCAAUCCCGCCAGACCAGACUACUCCCGGGCAGCCCCACCCCUAGCCAACACCCGGGCUAGGCUAAAAUUAAAAUCUCUGCAAGAGCAAGAGGUGUCCAGAAGUUUACCACAUCCACGUUUUAGUGAAAUUGAUGUUAAUGAUGUAGCAUUUGUUGCAGAGAGCUUAAACCAGCUCCCAAGAGUGCCUUCUUUGUCCUUUCUUCAUCAUGACCUCCUGGCAGAGCCCAAGAAAUACUUCCAGAUUGUUCAUCAGGCCUUGGUCCAACAGCGCUACUAUGCACAGACAGACAAACGGGAGAGAGUUUACAAUUUUCCUGGUUUCUGUAUGGGGUGUCGGAGGUCGGGUCUGUGCUAUGGUUGUGAACGCAGCUCUGCUCCACAUUAUCACAUUGACCGCAUCAUGAAGACCGGUGGGGGAUUUACCUACCAUAAACAUGACCAUCCAAUCAGAGAAAGACCUGACAAAAAUCCGUCCAACUGGAAACUUGCCUUUCCCGAACUGGCUUUGAAACAUCUCAUCCAAGAGCAUGAAAAUGGCUCAGAAAACAAAGCUGAUGAAGAUGUAGAAGUUGCAGAGAAGAUGAAUGAAGCCACCAGAGGCUAUCAGUUGUUUAAUCAAAAGGCCCCCAGCGACUAUGGUCAUCAAGCUGUGGUGGAGCACAUUGAGGAGGACAGUGUGGGGACACAGGAGGAGAUCGUGAAGCAGUGGGCCAUGAUGAGGGAGGAACCAUUAAUAGAUGACAGGGAGAGGGGCCAGAACAAAAACAAUGACAGGUUAAGAGAAGAAAACAUGGAUGCCAUGUCUCCUUGGACAGAUCCCACUUCUUUGAACAAAGAGUUAAUAGAUGAAAAUUUAUUCAGAGGAGAGAGUCAUACAACAAGAGGUUCUGAAGACAUCACCAUUCGUAUGGAGUCCCAGGGCAAACAAGAUUAUAAAGACAGCUCCACAGACCAGGGGAGCCAGCAGCUUGAUGUUCAGGAUCAGAGGUCAGAACACUCUGAUAGGGACGGCAGUGGUUCAGUGAGAAGUGAACAUGAACUGGAGGAUCCUGUUCAGAAUCAGACUGAUAAUGAUGCUGAUAGUGAAGGGGAAGAUGAUGAUACAAUGAAAAGCUCCACUAAAAGGAGAGAUAAAUCCUACACCAGUGGUACAACCGGUAAGGAUAGUCAGAAGUCAAGUAAACUGGGCACAACACCUAACUCAGGACUGGGCACAACACCUCACUCAAGACUGGGCACAACACCUCACUCAAAUCUGGGCACAACACCUCACUCAACAGGAGACACAUCUGAUAAACGAGACAGACCAGAAGACAAGAGUGAAAAAAGCGGGAGUAGUCCAUACAGCCCAUACAGCAGUCGACGCAGGAAACCACUGUAUAAAGAAUGCAGUUCACCAAGUAGAAGUCCAACUCCACCACCGUUCAAGAUAAAGCAUCAAAAAAAUCGACAAAUUGAUUCACAUUCCCCAUUCAGUACUGAGAGACACUAUGACCUGCCUAAAGGAAGUGGCUUCCAGGUCAAAAAGAGUGAAAAGAAACUCACAGAAUUCAAGGAAUUUAAGCAUCAUGAAGGAAACUGGAAAGAGCCUGAGAAAUUCACCGUGAAGAAAUCAGACAAACACAGCACAGAUUUCUGGAGUCCACCUAAGAAGAAGGAGGCAAAAAAGAAGGAAAGAGUUAAGAAGCAAGUAAGGCCAGUCUCCCCUGAUUCAGGACUGGAAAGUGAGAAACCAACAGAUUCUGCACAAGAACUGCCACUGAAAUCUCCAGCUUUGAUUGAAGCAGAGCAAGUUCUCUCCCCGCCUUUGCAGAAGCCUAUUUCACCAGUUGAUGAAGGUACUUUGCCUUCAUUAGCCACACCCAUUGUAGAACAACCAAAAAAAGAGCGUCCAAAGAAAACAAGGAAGGAAGUUCCCAAGAAACCCCCAUCUCCUGUCAGGAGCAUCACUCCCAAGUCUCCAGAACCUGUGGUUGAGGAGGUCCAGGUCACCCUUAAAUCUAGAGAACCCACCCCCGAACAUGUACCCACUCCCACCCCAAAGAUUACAGACCUACCCCCAGUGGACAUACCACCCCUCCCUGAGAUUACGGAGGAGAAAAAGGAGAAGAAACCUAAAGUUGACAACCGGAAACCCUUUGAGCCUAUCCAGGUUAUGCCCAAAAUUAAAGAUGCCAUUCCUCCUCCCCCAAAGAAAAGCAAACCUCCAACUAUCACAAAGAAAUCACUACCAAAGAAGAGAGUGCCAUCUGCAGAAGCACCUGUCACAACAGAGGAAAUUCGGCAGAUGAAGGAUCCCCUAGACUUCCUGGCAAAAUACUGCAUCAUUAGCAAGGAUCGACUGCCUUACUAUGAGAGAAUCUACAAAAACAUUGUGUCUAGUCAACCUGAGAGGUAUGAGCGGGCCCACCCUCUCUCCCCCACCACGGGGAUGCCAGUCACAGAAGGAACCAGCUGGGGGAACCACGAACUGAACAUGUUCCAUGACCUUGUACUGAUUAGUCGAGGUCAGGACCCUCCGCGACCUGCACUGAGUGAACCGGAGCAGUAUUUGGAGAAGAUCUGCUAUACUCUGGAGAUGUUGGAUGGCAAACAUAGACAACUGGCAGAGGAUCUUAACCUUCUGGAAUCAAAAAGAAUUCAACAAUUAGCUGAGAGGGCACGAAAACUAGUACCAGACAUCACCUCUGUCCAUUUCAAGAAGAAAGAGAAAAAAAGCAAAAAGAAAAAGAAAAAGAAGAACAAGGUAGAACAGGAGGAAGUUCCAGCCAAGGUCAUUUUGUCCCGAGCUGACAUCACUGAUGAUGUCAUUGUCAGUAGGAUUGAGGACAAAUUGCUCAAAAAGCUUAUGAAGGAACCUGCUCAACACCAGCUAAACUGUGAGAUAGAGAGAUGUACAGAAAAACUAGCCAAUAUUGAAGACAGAUUGAUACAACUAGAAGGUGAGAAGAAUAUCAUAGGAAUGUACUGCAUGGAGCUGUUCUUUGAGGCUCAGAAUGACAAUAAUAAACCCCGAGAAUUCAGAAGACAACAGAGUUUUCUGUAUAAAACGCUCCACCCCGACCCAGAUGUAGAAAUGAAUAAAGAAGAACUAGAGGGAGCUUUGCAGAUUGUUAAUCACAACUUGUUGUCACAGAAUGAAUUUAGUUAUCUGUACCAUAUAUUAAAUUUGACAGGAAGGAGGAAGAUCAACUUUAAGUUGUUCUGUGUUAUAGCAGCUUUAUCAGAGCGGAUCACACACAUGGAUCCUGUUAUUAGAGAGCUCCUAAACAAAGAGAAAGGCUGGAAAAGACAGAGCAAUGACUAUGAAUCUUUAGAUGUGAGAUUGAACAGGUCAAAGGAGCUGUUUCAGCUACUGGAUGAGGGGGAUUCAGUUCCUUUUGGAAAUGCCCUGGCCUCAAGUCUGGCAGUGGAGCUCACCGCAGGGGGUCUGUCACCUGAACUGACCAGUUAUGUCAUGGGCAAGUUCAACAGAGAGGGAAAAGGUUAUGUGGAUUUUCUAGACUACGUCACCUAUGUUCCAUUGUUUAUUGAAAUCCAUGAGAAAAUUAUAAAUGAUCCUCUCUGUUCAACUGUGAGGAUCCAAUAAAUCAAAAUAGGAAGGAAUUGACCACAUAUCAAUGUAUUAA